AUGGCAACCCCAGAAGCUCUCAUCUCCAAAUUCGAAGUUACCAAGCUUUUGAAGCAAGACCAAAACGGCCGCCGCAUCACCCUCCUCGGCACAAUCGACAAUCAACAAGGAAUCCUAACAGCCGAACGCGCCGCCUUCGCAACCGAAUCUCUAGAAGUAAUCCAAGCUUUCCAAGCAGCCCUCUCCCGAAUUACCAACCUAGGCGACAACGACAUCUACCGCUGGUACCUCGCCUCCAACGGAGAUAGCACCAACCCCAAACUCCAGCAUGACCUAAAGCUCAACCUGAUCUGGCCAUGUACCGAGCAACAUAUCAAGAAAUAUUCCGAUCAGCAGGUUCGCAUGGUUACUGAGACGGCGGAGAUCUACAAGGAGUACAUCCGUCCGUAUAUUCAGGCGAAGCGCGAUGAAGGUCGUUUGAAUUGGAUAUUCAAUAUCCUUGAAGGGAGGACGGAGCAGGAUGAUAUUAUCAUGCGGGAUGAUGGGCAUGGUGUUGAGGAUGCUUUUUUGAUGUUGCCUGAUUUGAAUUGGGAUCGGAAGACUAUUAGUUCGUUGCAUUUGUUGACAUUGGUUCACCGGAGGGAUAUUUGGAGUUUGAGGGAUUUGAGAAAGAGCCAUAUUCCUUGGUUGAAGUAUUUGAGGGAAAGGGUUCUGAAGGCCACUGUUUCUAAGUAUCCGGAUUUGGAUGAGGAUCAGUUGAAGCUUUAUGUUCAUUAUCAACCGACUUACUAUCAUUUUCAUAUUCAUGUCGUGAAUGUUAUGUUGGAGGCUGGUGCUACCCAGGCAACUGGGAAGGCUUUCGGUCUGGAAAAUUUGAUUUCCCAGUUGGAGACUAUGGAUGGAGGAGAGAAUGCUAGCUUGGCUGAUGUGAGCUUGACCUAUUACUUGGGUGAGGCGAGUGAGUUGUGGACAGAUAUCUUUGCGCCGCUGAAGGCAAAGAAAUGA